GCCGUUUAUCUAAAAUCAGUUUACGUUUUCCACGGGCUUAGUUUGAGCACGCCUGGACCAAUCACAGUUCAGAAACCAGCCUCUCACAGAUCCCUCCUGCCCGUCCAGAACCGCAAUUGGCUGGCGGAAAAUUAACUGAUUCAGCCUGGCACUAUCAAUGAAUAAAUGCUUGUCUAAAACAUGCUCUCCUGCCGAUAUCCAUGUAAUACUGGAGGUUGUGUCAUUCAAUUCUACCGAGGGACGGCGACUAGCCAGCCUGGGAAUAUCGGACUGAACGGGCGCGUUUUCAUGCACGUAACUUACAGACAGAAAAGAAUCGACAGAAUAAAGUCAAACUAACCUGACAAACAUGAGUCUGAACUACCCUCCGGCGGCGAGCACACACAGAUCAACGUCGUUCUUCAUUGAGGACAUUCUUUUGCACAAACCCAAGCCGCUCAGAGAGGUGAUGCCGGCGCCCUUCUGCGCCUCUCUGGCUUCCCGGAUGCCGGUUCUGGAGUAUGGAUACCCCCUGAUGCCCACCCCGAUCCUGGCCGCUCACCCGCAUCCUCUGCACAAGUCGGAGCAUCACCCGUAUUUUUUUACAUCAGGAAUGCAGAUGCCCGCGCUCUUCCAGCACCACGCAGACCUGCCGGGGAAGCACUGCAGACGGAGGAAGGCUCGGACGGUUUUCUCCGACUCGCAGCUGUCCGGCCUGGAGAAGCGCUUUGAGAUCCAGCGGUAUCUGUCCACGCCUGAGAGGGUGGAGCUGGCCACGGCGCUCAGCCUGUCCGAGACGCAGGUCAAAACGUGGUUCCAGAACAGACGGAUGAAGCACAAGAAGCAGCUGCGGAAAGCGCAAGACGAGCGGAAGACCCCCGGAGAGGUGGAGCGCGCGCCGGAGAGCUGCGGCGAGCCCGACAGGAAGGACCGGACCGGAGAGCAGCUCCCGCACGGCGAGCAGCUCCCGCACGGCCUGCAGCCGGACUCCUAUAUGCGGGAGGACAACGAUGAAGACGUGGAUAUCGAGGACGACGUCUGCUCCCCGGACCAUCUACUAUAGCCGGGGGUGAACUGCGGUGCGCGCGCGGCUCUGUGACCCCACGCAGCGGCUGUCAGCGUGUUUGGCCUUUUUUUCUUUUCAGAAGAGAGUAAAAGUAAAUGGUUCAGAUGACCGAUGGUUGUGAUAGAGCGCGGCAAGGCUUCGCGUGAAGAUGCCGGAGCUCCACCAUCGAGCUUUGCUCAUAAUUCUGCACCUUUUUCUGCGGUCCGAGCGGCCGAGAUCAAACGUCAGCACCGGCCACACGGUUUUAGAAAAUUACGCGCGAAUUGUCACUUUCUUUUCCAAGUUCCACUGCAGCUCUGUUCCCCUGCCAAACUAAUCACGUCAACAUUUACAGCAUGUCCAUAAUGUUUUAUAGGCCGAAGAAACAUUUGUGCCCGGUGCUAAAAUUACUGCACUUGGGAUUUUUUCUAAAUUAAUCAUUUUUUCACGCUCACAUUUAUUAAUGUUAAUAUGUUUUUUUUUUUGCGAACACUUCUUAAUAAAUUCGAUCAAGUGUGGUUCAGAUAUGAACUCAGACUACAGCUGGGAGUUUAGCUCGAGCUUCUAUAUUUUCUCCAUCUUAGUUAUAAUUUACGCAGAAACGAACAGGACUUUUAGAGCAGCGCUCAAAUGUUUAAAGUGCACUGGAUUUUCGGCAUCUGAAAAUGAAUUUUUUAUGAAAUCGCUUUGAUAAACCAAAAGACAUAUUUAUUAUCAAUUAAAAUGGGCAAUACGAGAAGCCUCUAAAUUUGUCAAAUGGAUUUGUUUCCGAUGAGCACAGCUCCGGUCAUCAGUUCAGAAUGGAUCGUAGGCUCCUGGUGGUGCUUGACCGGUUGGACGGGGGCCUCUCUUUUUCAGGCCAAAUAUGAUCCGUUUAAAAGCCGAACCCACUCAAAUAUUCAUUAUUAGGAGUAUGACACGAUCAAAUGCAGUUGUUAGUCUUUGUUAACGGCUUGUUUGUUUAAAGAAAUAAAGAGAAACUGGUUAGCAGAAGGUGCCCAUUCUGAAAAUGUAGUUUAUAUUCUUUUAAAUUAUAUAGUCUUAAAUAUAAAAGCUGUACAGUUACAACAAACAUGUUUUACCCGAUUUCUUCCUCAAGCUUAAAGACCCUGAACAUUUUGAGUGCAAUAUGCAAUACAUCUAUUUUAUUUCAGCAUGUUUUUGAAAUUGUUUCAUUUCUUUCUAAAGCCAUGCUACAGCCUAAAUGCAAAAAUAAAAGCAACAUUUUGCUGCAGACAUUUGAAAUCAUGUUGUUUUAAACAGACAGAACAAAUAUUCAUAAUUCAGUAAGGUUGUGAAUGUUUCCUGUGUUUACAAGGAAUAACAAUGAGUCAAAUCAUGUGAACAAUUUUCUAUAAUUGGAGAAAAAAAUGGAAGUACACUUAAAAUUUCUAUUCUAGUUAUCUUGAUUUGAGUGCAGAAAACUGUACUAGGACUAAAUCUUGCUGGAUUUUAAUUGAAGUCAUGGAACUAAAUGGGUCACUGUAUAUCCAGUCUACAUUUGAGGGUUAUUAUAACAAAAACAGUCAGCUCUUCUAAUCUAAACAGUCGUAUUAAAUUUUUAUUGCAGCUGUAACUCUUUGUAACGAGCUCUGUGGUGCUUGGAAGGCUCUUUACAGAGGGAGUUAUAGUGAAGAAAAAAUGAUCAAGUGUUGAGAAGAUUUCUUGACUAGUAAAACAGGAUUUUAUUUUAAGAUUUGUAACAUAUUGUCUGGUUCUAUCUGAUAUAUCAUGCAAACUACAUAUUAAGUGACCUAGUCUUAAUAAAUUUUUAUCUUGAUUUGUCAUUUGUUUUAAUAAAACAUGUCUUGAUUA